GGCGGCGGCUGGGAGGAGGAAGAGGAGAAGGAGGUGGCACUCCCACCGGGCUGUGCCGCGGCCCUGGGACCCGGCGGCCGUGACCCUUCGGCUCCUCCGAGCGCGGCCGCAACGGACAAAGGAGCAUAUCGGCGCCGAGGAGAGCCAGUUUCUCCGGCCGCCAUGAGGCUCCCGGCGCCGCCGGGCCCGCGCCGCGCCCCCGCUCGCCCGCGCGCCGGAGUCGCCCGCUAGGCCAGUGCGCCGCCGCCGCUCGGCCCGCAGGCCCGGCCCGCAGCAUGGAGCCGCCCGGGCGCCCACGGGGCCGUGCGCUGCUGCUGCUGCCGCUCGCGCUGCUCGCAGUGCUGGGAGAAGGAGGAGGCGGCGGCGGGGCCGCGGCGCUGCCCCCGGGCUGUAAGCACGACGGGCGGCCCCGAGGCGCCGGGAAGGCGGCGGGCGCCGCCGAGGGUAAGGUGGUGUGCAGCAGCCUGGAGCUCGCGCAGGUCCUGCCCCCGGACACGCUGCCCAAUCGCACGGUCACCUUGAUUCUGAGUAACAAUAAAAUAUCGGAGCUGAAGAAUGGUUCAUUUUCUGGAUUAAGUCUCCUUGAAAGAUUGGACCUCCGGAACAAUCUUAUUAGUAGCAUAGAUCCAGGUGCCUUUUGGGGACUGUCAUCACUUAAGAGAUUGGACCUGACAAAUAAUCGAAUAGGAUGUCUGAAUGCAGACAUAUUUCGAGGACUCACCAAUCUGGUUCGGCUAAACCUUUCGGGAAAUUUGUUUUCUUCAUUGUCCCAAGGAACUUUUGAUUAUCUUGGCUCACUACGGUCUUUAGAAUUUCAGACGGAGUAUCUUUUGUGUGACUGCAACAUACUGUGGAUGCAUCGCUGGGUCAGGGAGAGGAACAUCACCGUACGGGACACCAGGUGUGUUUAUCCUAAGUCACUGCAGGCCCAGCCAGUCACAGGUGUGAAGCAGGAGCUGUUGACAUGCGAUCCUCCGCUUGAGUUGCCAUCCUUCUACAUGUCUCCCUCUCACCGUCAGGUUGUGUUUGAAGGAGACAGCCUUCCUUUCCAGUGUAUGGCUUCAUAUAUUGAUCAGGACAUGCAAGUAUUAUGGUAUCAGGAUGGGCGGAUAGUUGAAACUGAUGAGUCUCAAGGUAUUUUCGUUGAAAAGAACAUGAUUCAUAACUGCUCAUUGAUUGCAAGUGCCCUGACCAUUUCUAAUAUUCAGGCUGGAUCUACUGGAAAUUGGGGCUGUCAUGUCCAGACUAAACGUGGGAACAAUACAAGAACUGUGGAUAUUGUGGUAUUAGAAAGCUCUGCACAGUACUGUCCGCCAGAGAGAGUGGUAAACAAUAAAGGUGAUUUCAGGUGGCCCAGGACAUUGGCAGGCAUUACUGCAUAUCUGCAGUGUACCCGGAACACUCAUGGCAGUGGGAUCUAUCCUGGGAGCCCACAGGAUGAGAGAAAGGCUUGGCGCAGAUGUGACAGAGGUGGCUUUUGGGCAGAUGAUGAUUAUUCUCGCUGCCAGUAUGCAAAUGAUGUCACUAGAGUUCUCUAUAUGUUUAAUCAGAUGCCUCUCAAUCUUACAAACGCUGUGGCAACAGCUCGGCAAUUACUGGCUUACACCGUGGAAGCCGCCAACUUUUCUGACAAAAUGGAUGUUAUAUUUGUGGCUGAAAUGAUAGAAAAAUUUGGAAGAUUUACCAAGGAGGAAAAAUCAAAAGAGCUGGGUGAUGUGAUGGUGGAUAUCGCUAGCAACAUCAUGUUGGCUGACGAGCGCGUCCUGUGGCUGGCACAGAGGGAAGCUAAAGCCUGCAGUAGAAUCGUUCAGUGUCUGCAGCGCAUCGCAGCACACCGGCUAGCCAACGGGGCUCAUGUCUACUCAACAUAUUCACCCAAUAUUGCUCUGGAAGCUUAUGUCAUCAAGGCUGCUGGCUUCACGGGGAUGACCUGCACCGUGUUCCAGAAAGUGGCAGCCUCCGACCGCACAGGACUUUCCGACUAUGGAAGGCGGGAUCCCGACGGAAAUCUAGACAAGCAGCUGAGCUUUAAGUGCAAUGUUUCCAGUACGUUUUCAAGUCUGGCACUAAAGAAUACUAUUGUAGAGGCUUCUAUUCAGCUUCCUCCUUCCCUUUUCUCACUGAAGCAAAAGAGAGACAUCAGGCCAGCUGAUGACUCUGUGUAUAAGCUUCAGCUCAUCGCCUUCCGUAACGGAAAACUAUUUCCCGCCACUGGAAAUUCAACGAACUUGGCUGAUGAUGGAAAGCGGCGGACAGUGGUGACCCCAGUGAUCCUCACCAAAAUAGAUGGUGCCAAUGUAGAUACCCACCACAUCCCGGUUAAUGUGACUCUGCGUCGAAUUGCACACGGAGCAGAUGCUGUCGCGGCUCAGUGGGACUUUGAUUUGCUAAAUGGACAAGGAGGCUGGAAGUCCGAUGGGUGCCGUAUACUCUACUCAGAUGAAAAUAUCACCACGAUUCAGUGCUACUCCCUCAGUAAUUACGCUGUUUUAAUGGAUUUGACGGGAUCCGAACUGUAUACUCUGGCAGCCAGUCUCCUGCAUCCUGUGGUUUAUACAACAGCAGUCAUUCUUCUCUUAUGUCUCUUGGCUGUUAUUGUCAGUUACAUAUGCCACCACAGCUUGAUCAGGAUCAGCCUCAAGAGCUGGCACAUGCUUGUGAACCUGUGCUUUCACGUCUUUCUGACCUGUGUGGUCUUCGUGGGAGGAAUAACCCAAACCAGAAAUGCCAGCGUCUGCCAAGCCGUUGGGAUAAUUCUUCAUUAUUCUACCCUUGCAACAGUAUUAUGGGUGGGAGUGACUGCUCGAAAUAUUUACAAACAAGUCACUAAAAAAGCCAAAAGAUGCCAGGAUCCUGAUGAACCACCCCCUCCACCAAGACCUAUGCUCAGAUUCUACCUGAUUGGUGGUGGAAUCCCUAUCAUAGUUUGUGGCAUAACAGCAGCAGCAAACAUCAAGAAUUAUGGCAGUCGGCCAAGUGCACCCUAUUGCUGGAUGGCAUGGGAACCCUCCUUGGGAGCCUUCUAUGGACCUGCCAGCUUCAUCACUUUUGUAAACUGUAUGUACUUUCUAAGCAUAUUUAUUCAGUUGAAAAGACACCCUGAGCGCAAAUAUGAGCUUAAGGAGCCCACAGAGGAGCAACAGAGAUUGGCAGCCAAUGAAAAUGGUGAAAUGAAUCAUCAGGACUCAUUGUCUUUGUCUCUGAUUUCCACAUCAGCAUUGGAAAAUGAGCAUACUUUUCAGUCUCAACUUUUGGGGGCUAGCCUUACUUUGCUCUUAUAUGUUGCUUUGUGGAUGUUUGGAGCCUUGGCGGUUUCUCUGUAUUACCCCUUGGAUUUAGUUUUUAGCUUCUUUUUUGGAGCUACGUGUUUAAGCUUCAGUGCAUUCAUCAUGGUUCACCAUUGUGUUAAUAGGGAGGACGUCAGACUUGCAUGGAUCAUGACAUGCUGCCCAGGACGGAGCUCAUACUCAGUGCAAGUCAAUGUCCAGCCCCCCAACUCCAGUGGGACAAAUGGAGAGGCACCUAAGUGCACCAAUAGCAGUGCAGAGUCUUCCUGCACAAACAAAAGUGCAUCGAGCUUCAAAAAUUCCUCCCAGGGCUGCAAGUUAACAAACUUGCAGGCUGCUGCAGCACAGUGUCAGACCAAUUCUUUACCUUUGAACUCCACACCUCAGCUUGAUAAUAGUCUAACAGAACAUUCGAUGGACAAUGAUAUUAAAAUGCACGUGGCGCCUUUAGAUGUACAGUUUCGAGCAAACGUGCACCCAAGUCGUCAUCAUAAAAACCGAAGUAAAGGACACCGGGCAAGCAGACUCACAGUCCUAAGAGAAUAUGCCUAUGAUGUUCCAACAAGUGUGGAAGGAAGUGUGCAGAAUGGCUUACCUAAGAGUCGUCCAGGCAAUACCGAAGGACAUUCAAGGAGUCGGAGAGCUUAUUUAGCCUACAGAGAGAGACAGUACAACCCACCCCAACAAGAUAGCAGUGAUGCUUCUAGCACACUUCCUAAAAGUAGCAGAAAUUUUGAAAAGCCUGUUUCAACUAGUAGUAAAAAAGAUGCAUUAAGGAAGCCAACUGCAGUUGAACUUGAAAGUCAGCAGAAGUCUUACGGCCUCAACUUGGCCAUUCAGAAUGGACCAAUUAAAAGCAAUGGGCAGGAAGGACCCUGUCUCGGUACUGAUAGCACCGCCAAUGUUAGGACUGGAUUAUGGAAACAUGAAACUACUGUGUAGCAUUACUGGACUUCGUAGACAGAAGUUGACAUAAAUUGUGAUAAUCACAUUCCUUUAAGCUAUGAACAUUUAAAAACAGACUGUUUACAGCCACCUUAGGGUUUGAAAACAAUUUUGAAUACACUUCCAAGUUUUGGAUUUUACUUAUUUUAUAUCCCUAAAUUUUUACCUUUUUUUAGGAAUUUAAAAAAAUCCUUUAAAGAAUUGUUUUAUUUGUUCAAGCACCAACAGGACAUUUGGGAAUCUGAAAUGUAAUUUACUAGAAUUUGUAAUAUCUACUCAACAUUUCAAGCUUGUAUUUAAUAAAAUAAAUAGGUGUUUGUCAUUCUGUCA